AUGGAAAGCUCAAACUGCUUACCGAAUUCCAAAACUUCUACAUACACAGGCAGGCGGACAAUAGCUGGCUCUUCUGUAGUUUUUCCUCAGAUUUUGCCAUCCUGUAGCGAGUCUUCCUUGGUAGGAUUAAAAGCAAGUGCAGAGUCCACAGAGGUAUCAGGUCACCAACCACCGCGUUGGGCUUCUGACUUUUUUAUAGAGGAACAGCCCUUUUGGCUUGACGAUCUCCUAAAUGAGCCGGAUGGCCUGAUGCAAAGAGGUCAUCGACGCUCAACAAGUGACACUUUCGCAUAUUUAGGAGAAUCAGUUGAAGAUCUAGACUUGAGGGAGGAACCUAGUCACAGGAACUUAACUAGUAAAGCCUUGUCAAUCAGACAGAACAUUGGGCGCAACAAGGACUCAAAGCUGUUUGAGAGCAAACCUAGCUCACUGGUUGAGAAAUUUAAGGAUCCACAUAUAGCAGUGUCUAGAUCAGCUGAAAAGCAAGAGGAGGAAAUUAGUACACAAACUUCUGAGGGGUCGAAUGAAGGAAUUAGCUCCUUGUCCCCCAAGCCUUCUGUUUCAAAAACAGAAGCAAAGCGUGCUAAACAGCAAUCUGCUCAUCGGUCAAGGGUCAGGAAGCUUCAGUACAUAUCUCAGCUUGAAAGAACUGUUCAACUUCUCCAGGCAGAGGGGUCUGAAAUUUCUGCUGAACUGGAAUUCCUAGAUCAUCAGAAUCUCAUAUUGACCAUGGAAAACAAGGCCCUGAAGCAACGGUUAGAUAGUUUAUCGCAGGAGCAGCUCAUAAAGCAAAUGGAGCAAGAGAUGUUAGAGAGAGAACUUGGGAGGCUGCAAAAUCUCUACCACAUGCAGAGGCAGCAGCAAAUGCAGAUGCAACAGCAGCAGCAACAGCAACAGCACCAUCCCAAACAUCGUAGAAACAAAAGCAAGGACCUGGAAUCACAGCUUCCAAGUGUCUCAAGGAAGAAUGUCAGGGGCACAACUUAGGAUUCUAAGAAGAUAUCAGUAAGAUGUAAUUCAUUAAA